AUGCAACAGAAUCCACAUCAACUGGAGCACCACAAAUCAAUUACAACUGCUGCAACACAAUCAUCUUCAACUGAAGCAAAAGAAUCAACUACAACUGGAGCACCACAAUCAACCAUAUCUGGUGCAACACAGCCAACCACAGCCAUAGUAACUGAAUCAACCACAGAUUCAACCUCAACUGGAGUUACACAGUCAACCAUAACGGGAGCAACACAAUUAACUACCACUGAUGCAACAGAAUCAACUACAACUGCUGCAACACAAUCAUCUUCAACUGAAGCAACAGAAUCAACUACAACUGCUGCAACACAAUCAUCUUCAACUGAAGGAACAGAAUCAACUACAACUGCUGCAACACAAUCAUCUUCAACUGAAGGAACAGAAUCAACUACAACUGCUGCAACACAAUCAUCUUCAACUGAAGGAACAGAAUCAACUACAACUGCUGCAACACAAUCAUCUUCAACUGAAGGAACAGAAUCAAUUACAACUGCUGCAACACAAUCAUCUUCAACUGAAGGAACAGAAUCAACUACAACUGCUGCAACACAAUCAUCUUCAACUGAAGGAACAGAAUCAACUACAACUGCUGCAACACAAUCAUCUUCAACUGAAGGAACAGAAUCAACUACAACUGCUGCAACACAAUCAUCUUCAACUGAAGGAACAGAAUCAACUACAACUGCUGCAACACAAUCAUCUUCAACUGAAGCAUCAGAAUCAACUACAACUGCUGCAACACAAUCAUCUUCAACUGAAGCAACAGAAUCAACUACAUUUGUUUUGACACAAACAAAUACAACUGGGGCAACUACAACGGGAGCAACACAGUCUACCGUAACUACAGCAACAGAAUCUAUUUCAACUGGAGCACUAUUUUCAAUUAUAGGUGAUGCAACAGAAUCCACAUCAACUGGAGCACCACAGUCAACCAUAUCUGGUGCAACACAAUCAACCACAACCGUAGUGACGGAAUCAACUACAGAUUCAACCUCAACUGGAGUGACACAGUCAACCAUAAGUGGAGCGACACAAUUAACUACCACUGAUGUAACAGAAUCAAUUACAACUGCUGCAACACAAUCAUCUUCAACUGAAGCAACAGAAUCAACUACAACUGGAGCACCACAAUCAACCAUAUCUGGUGCAACACAGCCAACCACAGCCAUAGUAACUGAAUCAACCACAGAUUCAACCUCAACUGGAGUUACACAGUCAACCAUAACGGGAGCAACACAAUUAACUACCACUGAUGCAACAGAAUCAACUACAACUGCUACAACACAAUCAUCUUCAACUGAAGCAACAGAAUCAACUACAACUGCUGCAACACAAUCAUCUUCAACUGAAGGAACAGAAUCAACUACAACUGCUGCAACACAAUCAUCUUCAACUGAAGGAACAGAAUCAACUACAACUGCUGCAACACAAUCAUCUUCAACUGAAGGAACAGAAUCAACUACAACUGCUGCAACACAAUCAUCUUCAACUGAAGGAACAGAAUCAAUACAACUGCUGCAACACAAUCAACCAUAA